AUGGGGAGGGGAAAGGGGAAAGGAGGGAGGGGGAUGGUGGCGACGAAGCUUGGAGCCGCCAUCGCCGUCGUCGUGACCGUCGCCAUUGGGGAUCGUGAGGGAGAGAGGAGACGCAAGCCAUUGCCGCCGCCUCGCCGCCUCCGCCUCACAACCUCGCCGCCUCGCUGCCUCUGCCUUGUCGCCUCGCAACCUCGCUUCUGCUUUCUUGCUUCCUACUUUCUUGCUUCUGUUUUCUUGCUUUCCUGCUUUCUUGCUUCUGCUUCCUUUGUUGGUGUUAGUGUUGGUGUUGGUGGUGUUGGUAGUGGUGCUAGUUGUGGUGGUGGUGGUGUUGGUGGUGGUGCUGGUGGUGGUGUUGGUGCUGGUUAUGAUGGUGGUGUUGGUGUUGGUGCUUAUAACAGCGUCCCGAACAAAGUGGAAUCCCUCCUGUCUAUAUAG